GACAUAUAUGUGACCGUGCACGCAAAAACCAACCUUACGCCGCAUUUUUGUGAAGUAGCUUUUUUGUAUCGUUGUAAAGCUUGAAAUGUGCUUGAUACAGCACUUAUUUUUGUAUAUUUUUUGGGAAAACCCUUUAAAAGUUACGAUUUUUCAAAUGCGAGCCACGCGGGGUUAUACAAAACGCGAAAUAGUGGAAUGAGUAUUCUUGUCCGCGCACGAAUAUGACGGUCACGUUAUGGGAUUUUUCCCUGGGAAAUUUUAGCCAACCAGAGAGAUGCGGUGUGAGCAUUAAGUUUGACAGCAGACGAACGAUUCUAUUGGCCCUACCGGGCUGAGUUGACUUCAGGCCGAACUUGUCGUGGCAGAUCUUGGCGUAAGUGAAGUAUCAUGAACGCAAAAAGGCCGUGUAGCCACACAGCGUGCGGUAUUUCGACGGCUACCUGACGUCUCUCGGAAAAUCGAUGACCGGAGGCACUCUGCUCCCAGCAGUUUUGGUCUAUUCAGUUUGGACGUCAGUACAGCACGUACGUAGAGAAGAGAAUGUGCGUCUUUGGUCCUAGACGCCGCCUGUGGCAUCCAUCACCAGAUUUAGGACCGACAACCUGGGAAGAUUGACAUAAGGUUUGUGUAAUGUCCGCAUUUGUACACAUGUAGCUGUGUGUUUAGUCCUCCUUGCAUGUCCUUCGGGAGUGUCCAGGUCCACCACACUUUCCACACUGCCUUUUAUUUGGUGGUGGUGGUGGUGGUGGUUGUAGUGGUGAAUCCUGCUCACUGGUGUCUUCUACCCUCUCUUCCUCUAUCCCACGUGAUGGCAUUGGGCAGACAAGAUCCUCUGUCCCUUCCCUACAGUACUCCCGUAUCUGUCUGUGCAGAUACCACUGCCUAGCGAGGGAGAGUCCAGCGGGUCUGACCACAUGUGGCAGUUCGUUAGAGUCGCUGUACUCCUGCAUUACCACCACACCAGGCUGCUUAGCAGUGAAACUGAAGUGAUGGUAGCUCUUCAGUUGCGGCACACUCCGGAAAUGACCUCCGAGGAAAGUGGCCCAGUCAUAGACAGUAACAACUGGCUCUCCUGUCUGUGUUCCUACUAGCUGAGGAACGUUUACGUCAGCCGAUGUGUUGACUACCUCAGCAAUAUCCCCGAGAGAACUAACGAAGGUUCGUCGGUACCUGUUUGAACAAUCCGAAACACCAAUCGGGGGGAAAACUUGGUGUGCCCAACGAGCAUGAAGGAGAGUCUCACAUCUCGAUGCCAGGUACUGUGAGUUGUAUCCAACACAGUUGUCAGCAUGGAGACCUACAUCAACCUCCCCAAGACCAUGAUACUGGAAGAAGUGAUGCAGGAGGGAGACCACUGUGUUAGCUCCUUUGCCCACGUCAGAUGCCUCAUCAAUGAGGUUGAAGGAGCGAACGAUGGCAGUGCUGUUCUUCUGACAAGUGGCACAGAGGUCAGACAUCGGUUUGCACACUACAACGUUGGCAAGGAAGUUCCUCCAAACUUUGCAGAAGGUGGUGUAUGCGACUGGACCGAGGAGGGACUGAGAGACUGCUGUGCUCUGGUAGAGGGACCACACUGA